ACAUAAAAUACCAUUCCAGUCAUGUUCAAUUCAUGAUCGAAUUUUUAAUUGUUUAACUCAUUGUUUUCUCCUAUUUCACUCUCAAUUCGAGUUUUUCACCGUCUUAAAAGCUACCAUAUUUUCACUUUCAUCCAGGUUACACCAAUAUAACCAUGUCUCGCGCAGUUCUCAUCACAGGUGCCACAGGCAAGCAGGGGGGCGCAGUUGUAAAUGCACUGCUCAAGGCAAAUGCCGACUUUGAGAUCCUUGCUCUCACACGGGAUUCCCAAUCAGCAUCCGCGCAGCGACUUGUGCAGAAAUCGCCCAAAAUCAAGUUAGUAGCGGGGAACUUGGACGCCACUGACAACAUUUUCGCCAAAGCUAGAGAGAUUACGAAGACACCGAUAUGGGGAGUUUUCAGCGUACAGGCAGCUAUUGGUGGCGGUGCUAGUCACAGGACUGAAGAAGUGCAAGGCAAGGCGCUCAUUGAUGCCUCGCUCAAGAAUGGUGUGAAGCACUUGGUGUACUCAUCUGUCGAUCGCGGCGGCCCCGCUAAGUCGGAUGAUAACCCGACGGACAUCCCACAUUUCAUUAGUAAGCACAAUAUCGAGAAGUACCUUUUCGAGAAGACGAAGAGCGGGGAGAUGGACUGGACUGUUCUGCGACCGGUUGCUUUCUUCGAAAAUCUCGUGCCGGGUUUCUUCGGCAAGGUUUUUACCACUAGCUACCAGUCGAACCUAAGGAAGGACCAAAAGUUGCAGUUGAUUGCGACUAGUGAUAUCGGGUUCUUUGCAGCACAGGCUUUCUUGCAUCCGGAGGAGUACAAGAAUAAGAAGAUUAGCUUGGCCGGAGAUGAGCUUACGUACGAUGAAUUCGCGUCGAUAUUCAAACAGAAAACUGGCGAGAACAUACCUACUACUUACACCUUCAUCGCAACGAUCAUCAACUGGAUGGUGAAGGAGCUCGGAUACAUGUUCAGAUGGUUCCGCGAAGUCGGGUAUGGGGCCGAUAUCCCAUCGUUGAAGAAGAUAAACCCCGACAUGAAGGACUUCGGAACGUGGAUCGAGACGGAAAGCCAGUUCAAGAAGUGAUCGUAAGCUUUGGGGCCCCGAUUAGGAUCUUGUAGUGGGUAAUUGGGAGGAAAAGUAAUGUUGAAUUGUACAGUGCGAUUCUAUUUUAGUCCACUGCUAUCCCCUUUUUGUACCAAAAACCGAAUGAAUGUAUAACAGUACAGGACUUAAUCACCUAAUGACUAUUUCACAAUAUCAACCUUUUCCUCGCUUUUAGACAUUCUGACCUGCUCUGCCUGGUGCACCGGGCAAUUGAUCCUUCGGGGUACUCUUAAGGUAAUCCUCCCAGCUCACAGGCUUUACCUGAGGAUACUUAUGAUUAUCUAGAU